ACAGCAGACAGGCUGUGAAAUCUGAUGAAGUCAAACAUUACUGCCUCAAAAGAUGGCCUCUGGCCCAGGUUGGCCACACUGUGGAUUCCUGGAUGGCAACAGAGGACAGGGAGGUGAUGGAAGCCCGGGAAGCAGGAGAAAGUUGUCCCACCUCCAAGCUGGUGCCUGCUGACUCCACAUGUGAAGGGAAGCCGAGGGCCUUGUUGGAGGUAGAGUCCCCGAAACCGGACUCAUCCUACAACUACCUGGAGGAGAUGGACACCGGCGAGGACAGAGGCUGCCCGCGACUCCCCAAGUCCGGCCCCACCACCACGGGCCAGGCAGGAGAUGCACCUGAGCCCACCGAACUGCCCCCAACCUCAGGGACGGAACCCAUAGAGUCAGUGGAGCUGGAGAGGAUGCGCAUGGACUUUGAGCUGGUGCGGCUCAAGCACCUGCACGAGGAGAACGAGCGGCAGCGGCAGCACGAGGCUGUGAUGGCGCAGCUGCAGCAGCAGAGGGCGUCCCGCCAGUUCUCAGGUGGCCUCCAGGACCUCUUGCUGCCCCAGAACCAGUUUGCCAUGUUCCUGUUCUGCUUCAUCUUUGUACACGUAAUCUAUGUCACCAAGGAGAUGGUCUUCUUCCUCUUCUCCAGGCACUACCUGUUCUGCAUUGUGGCCAUUUUGCUGGGUUUGAUUAAAGCUUUAUGGUCCUACUUCCAAGAGCCUGCAAGAAAAGCAUUUGGGGAGCGGGUGUCACGGAGCCCAGCCCUGGCCCGCCCCGGGGAGGGGAGGCGUCUGCAGCAGAUACAAAUUCAGGGCUUUGGCGGUUCCCUAGGUCCCCGGGUCUUUGACGCCGAUAUCUGUCGGCAGGUCCUGGUCAGUCCCGUCCCGCCAGGCCUCUCCCCGCAGCUGGGUCCUAAGCUGCCCGGCCCCCGCGUCCGGGGCGCGAGCGGCGGAGCCUGCAGACGCACGGGCGCGGGCGACAUCGAGACGCUCGGUGCUCUGGGCUGCAGGCAGCUGGGCGCGCAGCUGCGUUAG